GUCAGCCGUGAAUAUGACAAAGGAGUGGGUUGCUCUGGAAGUCCAUGCAUCACAGAUUGCAGAGUUGCUGUUUGUCAAAGAUCAGCUGUGAUUCUCUGGUGUCAGCGCUGAGAUCCAACCCCUCCCAUCUGACAGGACUAGACCUGAGUUUCAACUACCUGCAGGAGUCAGGUGUGAAGGAGCUGCUUGAUCUUGUGAAGAAUCCACAGAACAAACUUGAGACUCUGAGGUCAGUAGAUGGUUGGAGCAGCUCUCAGCUGUAUUGUACUAAACACAGCUGGAAUCAAAGCAAAGAUCUGGUGUUUCCUUCAAAGCUGCAGUCUUCUCAGCAGCUGCUUCCCUCAGUGAAGCUGUGAGAGGAGAACAAUGCUGGGCUUCAGGAUUGGACAGACUUUUCAUGUUGAUCCAACAUCAAACUAAUUCCAUCAAAUCUGUUUGUUGUCUCAUUUCAACACUAAACAGCUGAUCAGCUUCAUCAUCUCUCUGCUCUGAGAUCAGUCUGACUGCAGUCUCUGAUUUCAGAGAAGCUUUUUAUUUAGG